GUGACUUCAUUCUUAUUCUAAAAGAGAGGCUAUCAGAUAUUAAUAAAAACUUGCAAAUGAUAGCUUUGAAUAUAACUGCCAAGCUUGCUACUGCAAUGAAAAUAAAAAAAGCAACAUUAUGUGGUAGUGUUAUUAGAACUUUGGAUGCUUUAGUAAAUACUUAUCAAAAUGGUAAAGUUAGAAAAGUUGCACAGGUUUAUUUAGAAGCUAUAAUAAAAAAUGCCAAAUAUGAUCACGUGGUAGCAAGAUGUGAUGAUUUGAAAGGCCUAAGAUCUCGACUUGCUGCACCAUUAGACAAGGAUAAAGAUGAUAAAAUAAAUGAUGAUGUAUCAGUGAAAUUGUCAUCAGGAUUAUUAUCAGCCAAUUUAACAUUUAAUAAACCUACUGCAUUAUUAGCAAGUCUAUUAUCUAUAACAAAUCCUAAUGCAUUGAGUAUACAGUUCUUGAAAAAA